GUUAACAUGGCUUCGAAAGGACAGGCCGACAGUUUGAGCGAGGAGGUGAUUUGUCCCACCUGCCUGGAUUUCUUCACCGAUCCGGUAUCACUGGAGUGCGGACACAACUUCUGUCGCUCUUGUAUCACACGGUGUUGGGAAAGGGAGGAGAGAAACUCCUGCCCGGAAUGUAGAGAGGUGUUUGCUGACCGCACCCUCAGGGUGAAUCGGGCCUUAGCAAAUCUGGCUGAAAAAGUUCGGAAUCUAAGCCUGAACCCGAAAAGGAAGGAAAUUAAACAUCACUGCGAGGAACAUGAGGAAGAACUGAAGUUGUUUUGUGAAACGGACAAGACACUGAUCUGUCUGGUCUGUAGAGACGCGCAGGAACACAGAGAGCACCGCUUCAUGCCGAUUAAAGAAGCUGUUAAAAACUACAAGGAUCAGAUAAAAUCUUCCUUAGACUCUCUCACAAAAAAGAAAUCAGACUUCCAGGAAAAGGAGCAGCAACAGAAAGAGAAGAUUUCCGGAGUUCUGGAACAGUCACACAGCGUUCAGUCCCACAUCACAUCCCAGUUUGCUGAACUGCGCCAGAUUAUCACUGAGAAAGAGCAGAGCUUACUGAGGGAUCUCAGGGAAGAAGAGAAGAGGAUUCUCAACCCAAUGGAGAAAAAUCUCCUAGCUCUUCAAGAGAAUAUAAGGAUUAUUCAGGGGGAAAUCACUAAAUUAAAGGAACAGAUGGAUCAAAAAGACAGUGUGAUAUUUCUCAAGGAGGAAGCUCGGCGGAACAGGAGGAUUAAUGACAAUAUCCAGGAAUUGUCAGUGACAAAUGAGACCUUACCUGUUGAAAAAUUCGAUCACCUCUAUUUGUUGAACACAGUCCUGAGAGAAACGCUUGAUGCUAUUAAUCGAGUGAUCUUACUCCUGACGCCGGUCCCAGGACCCAACCCAUUUACAGACCUAGAGCGGAACCGGAGCAGAUCCUCAGCCACUGGUUUCCAUCCCCAGUCGCGAAGAAAGGAUAAAGUUUCCCCGUGAAUUUAUUCCCAGUGAAGGUGUGGAGAUGGGACUUGGUCUCCGCGUUGUAAAAUGAAACUGUCCCGGACUCGUAACUGAGAUAAACUCCCACCCUCCCGGGGAUGGGACCGGCAGGGAGACGGGACUCAGGGGAGGUACGAACUUUCAUCAUGUCAUAAUUCCGAAGUAACACAUCAUAAUACCGCCCAAUGACCCAGAAUCCGGUCUCCGGACUCAGUCCGACUCCUCUCUUCCCCUCCAACGACCCUGCGGUGACUCCUAAAUAACAGUCCCGAUUCCCUGUCACCUCCACCUCCCAGUAAUGUCUCCCCCAUGUGAAUCCUUCUGAUCCCAGCACACAAGCCCGAUUUGUGAAUCUCUUCCCGGUGUCAGGGAGAUCUCUCCGGGUCCGGGUACAUCUCACACUCUUCCGAUCCUCAGACACCUCGAGCUCCGGAUGCGCCGUUUCCACAUCCAGGAUGACAGAGA